CAGCUUUAACAUUAAACGGAAACUUCAAACGUACGAUCAUUAACGUUUGAGCAAAAUGUUGAAAGUUUGUAGAACUUGUUUGAGUGGAUGUUAUAAACGGUCGAAAUGUUUCUCGGGUUCCCAGAUACGCAACAAGCACAGUUGCAAACUUUUGGUGGUGGGCGGAGGCACCGGCGGAUGUGCGGUGGCCGCGAAAUUCUCUCGUAAACUGGGGAAAAACGAACUCGUCGUCGUAGAACACAACGAUCACCAUUAUUAUCAACCUUUGUUUACCCUGGUAGGCGCGGGGAUCGAAAAGCUGGAAGAAACGUGGAAAAACGAGAAAGACGUCCUGCCGGAAAAUUGCACUUGGGUGCGAUCUAAAGCCGUUAAGUUUGACCCCAAGAAUAACAGCGUCUACUGUGAAAAUGGCGAACGAAUUGAGUACGAGUUUCUGGUAGUUGCUGUAGGUAUUGAGCCCAGAUUCGACAAGAUUUCAGGACUGUUAGAAGGAUUAAGUGAACCCUCGUCGGGCGUGUGUUCCAUAUAUUCCCCAAAUUAUGUUAACAACGUGUACCCGACGAUGAAGAAUUUAACAUCAGGGAAUGCCAUUUUCACGUUUCCCAGCUCGCCCGUCAAGUGUCCCGGCGCUCCCCAAAAGAUCUGCUAUUUGACGGAAGACUUUUUGAGAAAGGAGGGAAAGAGAGAUCACGUGAACGUCAUCUACAACACCUCCCUGCCGGUAAUAUUCGGGGUUAAAAAGUAUGCGGACGCGUUGUGGAAAAUAUGCCAAGAAAGGGACAUCGCCGUAAACACGAGGACGAACCUGAUUUCGAUCGAGCCUAGCAAAAAGACGGCCAUGUUCGAAAAUCUAGACAACCCACAGGAGAGGACAACACUUGCGUAUUCCAUGCUACACGUGACUCCGCCUAUGGCGACGCCGGACGCGCUGAACCGUUGCGCGGACCUCAGCAACGAUGCCGGUUUCGCGGAGAUAGACAAGGCAACGUUGCAACACGUGAAAUUUCCCAACGUUUUCGCUUUGGGAGAUUGCGCUUCGUCGCCUAACUCAAAAACGGCGGCAGCAGCAGCCGCCCAAACGGAGGUCGUGUUCGAGAAUCUGCAGGACGUGAUGCGCGGGAAACGACCUCGGCUCAGUUACGACGGUUACGCUUCCUGUCCUUUAGUCACGGGUUUCGACAGGUGCAUUUUGGCCGAGUUCGAUUACGACUUGAAACCGUUGGAGACGUUUCCGUUUUCCCAGGACAAGGAACGUUAUUCGAUGUUCGUGCUUAAGAAAAAUAUCAUCCCCACAAUUUAUUGGAGCCUGAUGAUGAACGGCCAUUGGAACGGACCCGCCCUCUUUAGGAAAAUCAUGCAUUUGGAUUUCACGUCCAAAGACAAGUAAAAAUUUUAUCGGAUUUAUUAAAAAACAAAAAAAAUGUGAUCGCCAAGAAUAUUGUGAUAGAACUAAAAUGAUAUGUUAGCGUAAAUAUUGAACAAACUCGCGUGUGAGGUAAAAUAUUUUAUCGAUUUUUAAUUUUUUAUUGAAUUAUAAAACAUAUUAUAACGUGCGUUGCGUUUGAAUAAAAUUUUUCGUAUCA